AUGGCAUCAAAUACGUUUCAUCAAAACGAGACAUCACUUCCAGAUGAUCGCCAAGUUCACAGGGAUCCAAGAACAGGACGGCCGGCCCAGGUAAACAUCCACCACCAAUCAACCAAUAGUGUCGACGAGGAGAAUCUACGCCACAACCUCGACUAUUUCGAUGUUGAGGCUUUAGGUGUUGGCAGUAGUCGAGCUACGGUAGACCCAUCAACGCAUAUCGUAAGAGGCGAGUCAACGCAAUUUCCGAAGUUUGUGGCAACUGCCCGUUGGGCAGAUCAUGAUGAGGAUAUCGAAAAUGACGUCCCUGCAUCGCUUUUGGUUGAGGCCAAUGAACACGUUCCUGAUGGUAUAUCACAACCCCUGGAUAUACAUCACGAUACCCCGUCCCCGGUUCUCGGGAAGCCUGAUAGGCAAACGAGAACGCAUUGGCAACCUCCGCGGACCAAACAGCAGCCACGUCAUCCAACUAGCCUGCAAAACGACGCAAGGGUACUUCAGCCUAGGUCUUUGAUGAGCGGAUUAGCCCCUGGUGGACGAAGGGAAAAAGCUCUUUGGAGAUGGGUUAAUAUCACAAACCUCGAUAGCUUCAUGCGAGACGUGUACGAUUACUAUGAGGGUGGAGGCCUUCUCUGUAUAUUGUGUUCCAAUGCCCUAUGGCUUUUGGAGACGCUUUUUGUUGCAGUAUUAUUGACAUUUCUCACUCAGUGUGUUGACUAUGGAAAAGUUCCCCAUAGCAAGUCACUAAAUGAUGUCGUCAUCAAGCAAUGCACACGAAAUAUGUCGACUUCCUGGAGUUUCGGUAUUUGGAUGUAUUCCUUUUUCUUCAUAUGGAAAUCGGUUCAAUAUUUCUUCGAGAUCCGUCGCUUGGUGUAUGUGAGGGACUUCUUUGUCCACCUGCUCGAAAUUCCUGAACAGGACAUGCAAACGGUAUCGUGGCAAGAUAUUGUUGCUCGCAUCAUGACUCUGCGUGAUCACAACCCGAAAACUGCGACCAAUAUACCGCGAAACCUUCGUCGUUAUAUUGGUAGCCAGUCAAAGGAAAGACUCGACGCUCACGACAUUGCGAAUCGAUUAAUGAGAAAGGAGAAUUUCCUCAUUGCAAUGAUCAACAAGGACGUGCUUAACUUGUCCCUGCCGCUACCAUUUCUAGGCGACAGGCAGCUCUUCUCAAAGACUAUGGAGUGGUACCUACACUAUUGCAUCCUCGACAUGGCAUUUAAUGAGUUCGGUCAAGUGAGGCAGGAUAUUUUACGCGCCGAUAGACGAUCUUUUCUAAGCCAAAAACUGCGACAACGUCUGUACUUUGCCGCAAUUCUUAAUCUCAUUUUUGCUCCUGUGGUACUCGCAUACGUCAUCAUCGUAUAUUUUUUCACUUACUACAACGAGUAUCAGAAAGAUCCAAAAAUGGCGGCCGCCCGCAAAUAUACAGCACUCGCGGAAUGGAAGUUUCGGGAGUUCAAUGAACUGCCUCAUAUCUUUUAUGAGAGGCUUCACAUGUCUUUCCCUUUUGCGACCCGCUAUAUCGAGCAGUUUCCCAAGCGAAUGACGGAGGAAAUUGCCCGAAGUGUCUCGUUCAUGUCCGGGGCUCUGACAGCUGUACUCGCAGUCGGCACUGUUCUUGACUCGGAGCUUUUUCUCGGAUUCGAAAUAACCAAAGACAGACCUGUGCUCUUCUAUCUAGGCGUCUUCGGUGCCAUAUGGGCAAUGACUAGAGGCAUGAUUUCGGAAGAGACAACAGUUUUUAAUCCCGAAUACGCACUGCGAAAUGUUAUCGAAUACACGCAUUAUAUGCCAGAUCACUGGCAGGGGCGACUGCACAGCUUUGAGGUAAAGCAGGACUUUUCCAACCUAUACAAGAUGAAAGUUGUUAUAUUUCUAGAAGAGAUCUUGGGCAUAAUCACCACUCCGAUGCUCUUGUUCUUUUCUCUUCCAAGGUGCGCGGAACAGAUCAUCGAUUUUUUCCGUGAGUUCACGAUCCAUGUAGAUGGCUUAGGCUACGUGUGUUCCUUUGCUGUCUUUGAUUUUAAGAAGGGUAUUGGACAGAAUCGUCUGCGAGGGGCUGAUCCCGAUAUUCGGGAAGAGUAUUAUUCUACAAAACAUGGGAAGAUGGCAGCAUCCUACUACGGGUUCCUGGAUAAUUACGUUAUAAAUCCCAAAACAGGCAUCCCUGGCCACAUGCCUCCAGGCUCUAGAGGACAGUUCCACCCGCCUCCAGUUUUCCCCAGCCUCAACUCUCCAUCCCUUGCGGCAGAUAUGCAGAGCUCAAACAUUGCGAGGACAGACGUCGUGCGGAAUCGAAGUCGCCCGACUAGCGCUAUGCCAUCAAAACGAACAGUGCCUCCUGCAGUUCCACAACUCUCCCCCAUGGCUUCUAUUUUGUUAGAUCCGCAUAAUCAGCCACAGUUGCCAUCACUUGGAGCGAGAAGUUGGCACCGGCUACGUCAGGCCAGGGGUAUGUAUUCCGGGGAAGGUCAGAUAGCAGAAGAGGAUGCGGAGUUUGAGGCUCGGAAACACGGAAUAAGCGAACAUGAUGAUGCUUACGACGAAGGUGGGAUCCUAGGUGAGUCUACAUGGGAAUCUUCGCCAGACAAGGGCCUCAGUCGAGAGGAUAGCUCCAUGCAGCCUGAAGGGAUCACAGACUCAUCGCGCGUCCUCUGCCAAAUUUAUGACGCCCAGGGACGCUACACAUCUCAUCGCGACCAUCAUUUGCACAACCAAGGCUCGCAAUACUGCCUAGCUGGUGUCAGAAGAAAGACUUCUCACGUAUCGAUUUACCCGCCAAGAGCUUUCGAAAUUCCGACGUUUAACUGCUUCGGCCCUCCCGCUGCCAACCUGGCUGCCCUAGACUCCAAAGCUUUCGGCAGAGCUUCUGAAGCUGUGGCCGACAUGGCCCUGCCCAGUGCCGACCCUGGCGAUGACUAUGACUACGAAUCGCUUCCGCCAAAUUUUUCGCUGCUGCAAAACAUGGCAGCAGGAGCGUUUGCUGGCAUUGCUGAACAUACCGUCAUGUACCCCAUUGACGCCAUCAAAACACGGAUGCAAGUCCUGAAUCCUAGCAACACAACAGCCUACUCUGGCGUUCUGCGGAGCACCUAUCAGAUGGCAUCAGGGGAAGGGUUCUUCAGUUUGUGGCGAGGCAUGUCUAGUGUCAUUGUUGGAGCCGGUCCUGCACAUGCUGUGUACUUUGCAACAUACGAGGCUGUCAAGCAUGCUAUGGGUGGAAAUCAGGCCGGUGUACACCAUCCACUUGCUGCUGCAACGAGUGGAGCUGCCGCUACCAUCGCAAGCGAUGCCUUUAUGAAUCCAUUUGAUGUAAUCAAACAACGAAUGCAAAUCCAAAAUUCGAGCAAAAUGUACCGGUCUAUGAUCGAUUGCGCCAAAUACGUCUACCGAAACGAAGGCAUCGGCGCUUUUUACAUUUCCUAUCCUACGACCCUGUCUAUGACGGUUCCAUUCACCGCAUUGCAGUUUCUUGCUUACGAAUCGAUUUCAACAGCCAUGAACCCUGAAAAACACUACGAUCCUGUGACACAUUGCUUGGCUGGAGCAGUUGCUGGAGGAUUUGCCGCUGGACUCACUACACCAAUGGAUGUUAUCAAGACAAUACUGCAGACCCGGGGCACAUCGUCAGACCCACAAGUUCGAAACGUGAAUGGUUUCCUUGGGGGAUGUCAGCUUCUGUAUCAGAGAGAAGGACUUCGAGGCUUCUUCAAGGGCGUGCGCCCCAGAGUAGUUACAACCAUGCCCAGUACCGCUAUUUGCUGGUCAGCUUACGAGUUCUCCAAAGCCUAUUUCAUUAAACGCAACGAUUCGUCGUGA